AUGGCAGUGGAGAAUGCGCAGGCGCGGGCUGGUCCAUACCUCGGGGAGAUAUCUGCCCUCGCCUUCCUCCAUCUGCCCACUCGCCUAUCCUCUUCCUUUCCUCUCCUCCUCGCCGGUAACACUGCUGAGGGGACUCCCUAUUUCAUUUCUCUCUCUCUCUCUCUCUCUCGAUUGUCUGUUCCAAUGGCUUUACCCCAGUCUGUUGGUGCCCUUAUCAGGUACAGGUUCGCAGGUCCUCGUAUACAAACUCCAGCCCCGGAAGCUCCUCCUUUCCUUCCAUGCCUUCGAUGGCGUGCGGGUGCACGGGCUCACCCUCCGAACUGCCCCAUCCUCUUCCAGCGAGAUGAUCGCCGUUUACGGAGAACGAAGGGUCAAGCUUCUCCGAGUGAUGAUCGGUGUGGAUAGAGGUGAAUUCUCCGUUGGGAUGGAGGUGUCCUCCACUUUACCAAGAUUCGACCACUGGGUUCUCGACGCCUUGUUCUUAGAGGUGCGGAUGGUGAUGGGUUUUCAUGUAUACUUUGGACAUUUUAAUUCCCCCGCUUAGAAUUAUUUCUUCAUCCUGAAGUAUUGUUGUUCGUCGCCAUCUUGGGCAGGGGGAGAAGUAUCUUGCAGUAGGUCUCAGUGACAACUCGGUUGCUGUCUGGGAUGUCCUUCAUUCCAAAUUGGUAAUCUUGGUGAAGUCCCCGGGUCAGUCUGUUCGCUUCCUGGCGUCCUCAUAUCUUACGUUGUUUUCCUUAUAAUGCUUGACGAAAAUUCAGAAUUAAAAAGGAGUCGGAGGAGUUCAGAACUAAGAGCAAUAUUUUCAAUAAUCAGUCCAUAAGUUCAUUAUCUACUACGGAUAGAAGGUCUGAAGGCAGAUUCUGUUCCAUAAAAGGAAGAUUGCAUAAGCAUAGUUGGUCGUAAGCAAAUCUUCUGGAAGAAUGCGUCCACACCCACCCUUAAAAUCUGUAAAAUCCCGACCCGUUGAGGCUUUCAAGAAAAAAAAUAAUGCCUCAUAAUCUCAUCAUUGUCCGACUGACAGCCCCACUGUCAACUUACGUUUAUGAACUCUUCUACUGUUCCUUAUUGUAAUGUUUAUUGGGGAAAAAACACAAAAAUACGAUAUUAAGGUGGGCAGACUGAUUCAAGGUGGUAUAGGUUGGAGACUUGGUGGAGAUCUCGUCUUUGUUUUAUGUCUGAUGCUCAAGAAUCUUGGUUUCGUUCGAAUUCAUAAGUGUAUAUCUAUCUUAAUGGUAGAUCCCAGAGUGCUUAAAGGUCAGUCUAAGACAGCAAUAUGCUAAUGUGAUGUGCAUUCUGAUUUCCGAUAAUAGUACGUCUCCUUAGAGGCAUAAUUGAUCCCAUAACAGCUAUGCAUUCCUCUUUCGUCCUUAUAUUUUUGUUGAGAAUUAUCUUUUUGAUUACAGAAAGGUGCCUUUUGUAUUCCAUGAGGUUAUGGGGGGAGAAUGUGGAGGCACUUCGUGUUGCAUCUGGCACCAUAUUUAAUGAGGUAACAUUUUCCUGACGUUUAUAAUCACCCCAUGGAAUGCUGAAAGCCAGACUCUCAGGUCAAAAGGCUUACCCUAGGUCGCUCUGAAACCUACUGUGCUACCCUUUCUGUUUAUUUAAAGUAUUUCUUGAUUAAAGGUAAAUAUUUGUCUUAUAAGAUUUUUGGAAGGUUAUAUUUUUCUUGUAAAGGAUUAUGCCAGAUUAUCUGACUAAAACAAUGUAAUUCUAUUCGGUUUAUCCUGAAAUUAGUUUAUUCUUUGCUCUUUUUCGUCAACACAGGAUAAGUCCUUUCAUCCCAUAUUGAAUUGUUUUGGCAGAUAAUUGUUUGGAAGUUGGCUGUCUCUGCUCACCUAUCCGAAGAAGAUUCCUCAUUCUUGAAUUCAUCUGAUUUCAAUGACGUUAAGACUCUCCAUUUGGGCACGCUUGUUGGGCAUAAUGGUUCAAUAUUUCGCAUCGCAUGGAACUCGGAUGGAUCAAAGUUGUUGUCGGUUUCAGAUGAUCGUAGGUGGGUGACCUGGUUUGUUGCACCUCAAAAAAAGACUAUUUUUGAAGGGUUCUAGUGUGAUGCAAUCCCUAACAAAUUUCCUCGCCGCUUAUACCAAUGUUUUGGCUGUUUUAGUUCAAUCUUGAAAGAAUUAGCAAUAUUUAUGUAUAUAUUUUUCUUGGAUGCUUGUUGCAUUGUUAGGACAGUGCUCGAAUGUGGCUGAUAAAUACUGAAAGGCAAAAUGAUGGCUCUUGGCUGAAGCUCCCAGCAGAUCAAGUGCCCAAUGGUGUUUCACUAUAUGGCCACAAUGCUAGAAUAUGGGAUUGCAGUAUCUCUGACUCUGUAAGGUUUUUUUAUUUUUUAUUUUUUAUGCUUCGGUUUAGAUUUUUUUCGGCUGUUUUUAUAUGGUCAUUAUCACAUAUCUUACAAUAGAUGCUCCUCUACUAUUGUUAAAUAUGCAGUAAAAGAGUCAAAACCAUUUACCAUUUUUUUUUCUUGAUUUGUAUCCCAAAAAUAUCUUUUGAGUUGACUCCACACUUUCUAAAUGAACUUAAUGAACGGAUGUGCCUUUCUCAUGCUUAUUUUUUGACCUUUUUAUUCUCCGGCUGGCAUAGUUUUGCAUUUUUUUAUUUAUACUACUUCUCUGAUGGCAUACCUUUUCAAUCUUCAUGUUUACUGCUACUUCUAAUGCAGAAUGAUCCGCUUCUUUAUUCUCUUUGGACAACCGGCUCUAGUUAACAGGAUUUCUUUGUAGGUCGUUAUCACUGCUGGGGAGGACUGUACGUGUCGUCUGUGGGGCAUGGACGGCAACCAGAUCAUGAUGUUCAAGGAACAUGUGUAAGAUGAGCUUUAUUGUGGAUUUUUGAAUAAUGUUCUUUGCUCUAUAGCAUCGGCUGAAAAAUUGUUGUUGCGACUUUAACUAUAAAGAGGUAGGGGCAUAUGGCGGUGUUUAUAUGAUCCAACCACUUUGCUACUUGUCACUGCUGGGUUUGAUUCUGCCAUCCAAGUGCAUCUACUUCCCAACAUGUGCAAGGAUUCAUCAGAAGCAGACGGAAUGUUGACAGAUUCCAAUGAUAGGAUAGAGAAUUUCUCAAUUUGUACCCCUAACGUAUCAGAGAAGUUCGAAUUAAUGGACAGGUAUCUAUUUAAACAUCAUUUUUGGGUUUCCUGUGUUUGUGAAAAUAUCUUUCCUUUUUGUUGUUGACAUCGUUAAAAUUAUUUAUUUUCAAAUUGUUUUGUGUUAUUAGUCAUUCUAUUGAAAUAUUCUGAAGAGAAAAUAAAAAUGCCGAGGGUGACUCCUCUAAUGGUAGUUUGUCCCUAUCUCAUAGCUUGUAGUUUCCGUAACAGUUUGAGCGUCAUUUAGAACAUAUAAGAACUGAUUAAACUUGCUGUCCCUCCGAUUGUAUUUCCAUUCUAAUGCUUGCCCAUGUCCCAUAUAUUCUGAUUUUCUGGAUCACUGCUUGUACUAAAAACUUGCUUAAAUUUUAGGGAGCAUGAUCAUCUAACUCGUAUCAGGUACAAUAUUUUCAUUUCUUUGCGAGAGUAAGUUAUAGGCAGGUAAGUGAGUCAUCAGAUAUUGCUUUUCUAUGUUACUUGUAGUCAUGUAAACCGCCUUCUUCUUCUGCCCACAUUUGAGAGUAUAAUAGAAAGGUUUGGAUUCUGUCGUGGGUUUAUGUAGGGUAUGCACUUUCACAGAUAUAUUAUGAAAUAAAAAUCUCACACACUAUUAUGCCAAUUAUAAAUUUUCUGUUCUGUGGUUGUCAUCUAUAUUACUGAUUGAUGAUUUUGUUGCAGCAAAAGUGAGUAUGUUCGAUGCUUGCAUUUCGGUCAGGAAGAUAUCCUGUAUGUUGCCACUAACAAUGGAUAUCUGUACCAUGCGAAGUUGUUGAGUCCUGGAGAUGUGGAAUGGACUCAACUUGCCCAUGUCGGUGAAGUGCCAAUUGUCUGUAUGGAUUUGAUGAGCAGGUGCCUGUUUGAGACAUCUAAGGUUCCUGGAGACAUGAUUGCCAUGGGGGAUGGUAAAGGAAAUGCCACGGUAGUUAGAGUUGUUGGCAGUGAUUCGAGGCCCAAGGCUGUACUAUCCUUUACCUGGUCAGCUGAAAGAGAGAGGCGACUACUAGGAAUUCACUGGUGCAAGUCAUUUGGAUGUAGGUAAUUUAGAUCUGAAACAUCUCUACUGUGUAUACGAGUUUGAAGGGAAAUAACCUGAAAGAUUCAUCGGUUUGGUUCUUUGAUGCAGCUACGUUUUUACUGCUGAUCAUAGGGGAUCAUUGAACUUGUGGAGAUUAGAAGAUGCUGCACAAUGUGUAGCCAACACUAAUGCAGCGAACAUGAAAGCGUCUCUUGUUGCAGUUUACUCUUCUAGUUUUGGAAAGAGGGUCAUGUGUCUGGAUGCAUCUAUGAAAGAUGAGGUGACAGUAUGCUAUUUCUUGUACAAUUUGUUUUUGUUUAUUUUUUUAUGAUAGAUGAAAUCCAUUACUUUAACUGAAAGAAGUAUCAGGAUAAAAAAGUUCUGUUGUAAGGUUUAUUUUAAUCAGAGUAUUCUUGUAUAAUGAUUAAGCAUUUGUACCAUGCCAAGGACAAUUUACUUGCAAGGAUUGAUUCAGAUGUGAUUCUUUUGGUGAUACUGGGAUUCUUCUUUCUUAAUAUAUAGUUUAUGAUUACUUAUGCUGAACUGUACAAUUUUCAUCAUCAUAUUUACAGUACAAUAUGAUCCAGGAUGUUUCACUGAAAGAUGGUGGCGUGAGCAGCAAAAGAUCUUCAAACCACUAUUUUAAGUAGGAUGUAUUAAUUUAAAAAAUAAAUUUCUUUGUCAAAGUAUCCUUUUAGAACCCACCCAUAUCAAACAUGUUUUCUAAGCUACUUAUGCCAUAUUGCCCUUGGAUCUCUCCUAAAAUAAUUGACUGAACGUCAAUUCUUGAUUUUGUCGGGAAACUGUUUUCUCAUCCCUUGUUUUGUCAUGCAAUGAUGUGAUCGCUUCAUGCUUUUUGCUGCUUGUGAGUAUAACUCUGUGCCGCUAGAAUCCGGACCUGACGAUAGGUUUCUAAUGUACUGCAUUUCAUGUCUUAAUGCGGUUUGUGGUUGUUUCUACUGAAUCUGGAUUAUAUUAAUUUAUUACUCUUUCAUUGCUUAACUGAUCAUCUUUGUAUCUGUGUGCAGGUUCUUGUAUGUGGUGAUCAGCAUGGUAAUCUUGUUAUUUUCCCCUUGCUGAAGAAUAUGUUACUUUCUGAUUUUUCAAAAUCGAAAGGGGUGAUUCCUUCACUCACCCAAUUCAAAGGGGCUCAUGGUAUGACAAGUGUCACCAGCAUAUUCAUUGGUCGACGAAAUGGCCACCACAUUGAGAUGCGCACAGUAAGAUCUAAUCCUUGACUUUGUGACCUGCGUCUGAAACAAAGGGUAAGUCAUUUAACUAUUUACUAUAUUUUAUCCCAGACUGGUGGAGACGGAUGCAUUUGUUACUUUAAUUUCUCCACAAGCUCACAUACAAUGGAAUUCUAUGGAAUGAAGCACAUCAGAGAAUUGAGCAUAAUCAAAAUUGUUGUGGAUAACGUUUCCUCUGUGGAAGAUUUGGGACUGGGACAUUUUGUAAUAGGUUUUGCUUUCACAGAUUUUUUCAUAUGGAACCUAAUGAGCGAUUCAAAGGUGUCUACUUCUGUUAACUGUUCUUGCAUUAAACCUUCAGUUGUUUUUUUUUCAGUUUCUAUUUCAAUUCUCUCAUCCUAUGAACUCUUGUGCAGGUGUUACAAGUCCCAUGCGGUGGGUGGCGGCGCCCUUAUUCUUAUUAUUUGGGUCACAACCCAAAGACCCAGAACUGCUUCGCAUUCCUAAAGGUAAGUUUUUUUGGUUCUGGACUCCAAUCCUUCACCUGGGCACGUAGACACAAAUUUGAGUAGCUUUACUUCAUUUCUAGAUUGCUUUUUCGUGGUUGUCGUUCACCCUAUGUGGUCUGCUAGAGUUAUUGGGUCGUCUAACUCCAAGCUGAUUGACCUGUAUUUAUAAUCAGUAGUUUAUUUCUAUUUAUAACCAAAAUGGAACUAUGCUUAACUUGAUCCUUCCACUUUUGUGCUUUUUUUGCCACGUGGGCAACAUUGAGAUACCUUAAGCCCAAGAACAAUCACAGACUUUGAUAUUAUUUUAGAGUUAGCUUGGUAUUUGACUCAAAACUAUUUGUCAAUGAAUGGACUAGGCUCUUCUCUAUGAUCACCAAUUUAUUUCUAUCACUAAUAUGGGAUUACUCUUUCUCACGAUCUAGCUUGGUAUUAGAUGAUGAUUUAAUUUAAUGUUCAUUUAUGGAGAACCACUAUCUCUUUAUAGGAUCACAAGAUUCAUAUUCGUAGGCACUGGGAGGUGGAUUGUGAGGAGAAAUCAUUUCCUCAAAUCUUGCACACGCAAUGCCAUGGAAGAGAGAUACACUCCACGUGCUUUGUAUCUCUUCCAAUGGGAUCAAAACCUCAUCAGAUCAAGGAUUUCUGGGUAGCGAGUGGAAGUGAAGAUGGAACUGUCCGCUUGACAAGGUACAACGGUCAUAUGCUGUCAGCAUACUAAGUAUACCCGAAUUUUUCUUAUGUUUGGUCAAAAUAAUUGGGAUGGAUGCUGAUAAUUUUAAGUUUGAUGCCCACGUGUUUGUCUUCCUGUUUAGUUCUGCUGCUUUUCUCUGAACGAUCGUUCAAACGUUAGUGAAAUUUAAUUUGUCUAAUUAUUCUUUUUUUUUUUUCAAUCAAGCAUGGUUUCUUUCUGUACUUGUUUUAGAUAUGUCAGACCACUAAACAAGUAAACCUUAUUCAGAGAUGGACAAGAAAAUAAUCCCUUCCUUGGAGGUGUUGUUGUUUCUCACUCUUUUCGAUAGAUUCAACUCAAUGGUUGUAAGAAAAGUGAAUGUUUUUAAUCAUAUAUCCGAAGAAAAUGAGAACUAGCUCCAUGGACAAGGACCUGUACUAUGAGGACUUACCUCUUUGCUGCUGGACACUGAUUUAUACAUGAUCCUUCGUGUUGGGCCAGUUUCUCCAUUCUAAUGCUCCCUACAUUUUAUCAUAUGUUGUUCAUUUUUCUUUAACCUUAUUGGAUUAUUUCAUUCACUUACCUAAAUAUUUUUAUAGAUACAUUUUUCAUAUGUAUACAAUUUGCCUGGCAUGCCCAACAAUUUUCUCUCUGUGCAUACAUGCCAGUAUCUGGCUGGUUAUUCCAUCUUUCUAUUCUUACAUGGUUUUUUGGUGGGAAUGAAAGCCAGAGGAGGCCUUCCAUUCUCUACAAUAUUUAAUCUUGUUAUUUUAUGUAUAUUUAUGGUAUGUUUUACAUCAGGGGAGUGAACAAGUUUGGUGCCCUAUGCAGGUAUGCACCUUCUGAUCCGGAGAGUUGGUCUGCUUCUCAUUUGCUUGGGGAGCAUGUCGGCGGAUCAGCUGUGAGAUCCCUGUGCUUCGUAUCAAAGAUGUUUGGAUAUGGAACGGGAUGCCUGCAUGAUGUUGCACCUGUGGAUGAUUCCUCUUCAGAUUAUGAAGACAAUUGGUGUAUGCUAAUUUCUGUUGGUGCCAAGCAAGUUCUAACCUCUUGGCUUCUGAGAGAUGUGAAAACGGGGAAUGUGGAGGAACCAUGUAUUGAGGCAUUGGCCGCCACCGAGGAUCAUCGUUCAUCGAUAUCUUUCCAGUGGCUUUCUACCCACAUUCCUCCUAGGCCGUCAAGAACAUCCAAAAAUCGAGACAGUAGACUUAGAACUCAUAAAGGCACUGACACUUUGACCUCACAAUCAGCUCCUCCCCUGUCAAAGCCAUAUUUCUCUGAGAAUCUAAUUGAGCAGACCAGGUCUGCAGUCGUGGCUGAAGAUGACAAUGACUGGAGAUACCUGGCUGUCACUGCUUUUGUCGUUGAAGAUGCUGAAAUCAGGUAUGCUGAUGAGGGUAGUAUUAUGAGCUAACUUCUUUCUAUAUAUUUUAAUAUUUCCAUUUUAAGUAUGUAUGUGGCCGAAUGGGUAGAUUUCAUACAAAUUGUCAUAUCGUGUAGGUCCAAGGUGUGCUUUGUUGUGGUCGCCUGCUCAGAUGCUACUCUCACACUGCGUGCUCUUCGAUUGCCGCAUCGUCUCUGGUAUGGUGAACGGGGAAUAAUACAACAUAUCAUAAUGGCCAUUAUUUAUUAUUAUCAUAUUGCAAAGAAAAUAGAAUUUCCUCUCUUGGAAUUCUUUCAUCAGCCCACCUGCCUGCGUCUUUGUGGGUAUUUAUCUCGUCUGACUCAUCAAUUGCUACCUUUUCAGGUUUGAUGUAGCAUUACUGGUUCCACAGCCAUCUCCAGUCCUGGCCCUGAAGCAUAUUGCUGUUCCUUUGCCUGCAAAUGGCCGUUGUGAGUUCUCCGGCCUGUAACACUGUUUUGGAACUGGAUGCCAGAUAUGGGAUUUCUUCAUAGCAAUGCAAAUCUGUUGGGUUCCUGUUCUGAGCCAUUACAUUACUUAAAAAGGGCUUGUCAUCUGAUUAUCUUCUGUAGCUGCAAAUGUGGAAAUUUGUAGAUUAUUCGUAGAAACUUUCAGAUAAUCUGGAUACAGGAGAUUAAUUUUUAGAUUAUUUUUUAUCAAACUUUAGGCAAAGAAUCUGGUUCAAUUAAUCUAUAUUGAAUGUAUAAUACUAUAUUUAGUAAUUUCCAUGGAGAUAAUUCUCUUUCAGGUAAUGCCUCAGACAGAAAUGCGCAUGUCAUUGUCAGUGGUUCCACCGAUGGAAACAUUACUCUGUGGGACCUGACCAGAACCAUCGAGCAGUUCAUGCAAUCCAUGUCGGAGUUGCAGCCAGACAAGGUUACUGCCAGCCAGAGGCGGCCUCGGACAGGAAGAGGUAGCCAAGGUGGUCGAUGGUGGAGGUCAUUAGAUCAUCAAAACCCUAAAAAGGGGGCGGCCCAUGGUGCUGAACCAGAGAUCUCUGGUGGCGGUCUCUCCCCCAUGGCUGAUAAGUGCGAGCUCCUCCUGCCUCUUCAUGUUCUAGCCUCUGUUCAUCAGUCGGGGGUCAAUUGCCUACACGUGUCCUCUGUGAGCCAGCACAGUGAGGAGUCAGCCUUCUGUAUCCUAAGUGGAGGAGACGACCAAGCUCUCAGCUGUCUCUUAUUUGGUCUGACGGCAGAGAACCGGUCAGUGGGAAGCUCAGAGCCUCAGUGGAUGGAGAGGUGCUCUUAUCCCUUGGUCAACGACUACAAGCUGAAGGUGCUCUAUAGCUGUAAGCUCGAUUCAGCUCACAGCGCUGCUGUGAAAGGUAACUUCCCAUCUCUAUGGAACUCGAUGCUUGCCUCCAUUUCCCUUUCGGACGUUGACUUGCCACCUGAGCAGUGGAACACCGUCUGCAUUUCCUCUUUUGGUUAAAAUAUUUAUUUAUGUGAGAUGGAGCAUAGGAAUUAUAUGACUCAUUUGGCCACAUGAUUGAUGGAGUCUCAUAAAGUGUCUGAUGGGUCUCACUGACUACUUGUCUCCCCCUCCCCUUUCUCAGGCAUUUGGUCGGACGGGUGUUGGGCGUUCUCGACCGGGCUCGAUCAGAGGAUCAGAUUCUGGCGAAUCGACGCUCGUGCUCAGCUCACCGAGCAUGCCCACUUGAUCAUCAGCGUCCCCGAGCCCGAGUCACUGGAUGCUGUGAGCCACGGCAGGUGAAUUUCUCUCUCCUGCUAUGGUCACCCGUCCUUUCCAUAAAUGGAAUAUGUGAGCUGGAUCAGGAUAUUGACUCUCUCUCUCUCUCUCUCUCUCUCUCUUUCUCUCUUCUCUCUGUGACUUGUUCUUGACCCAGAUCAGGAGAGCAGUAUCGGAUAGUAGUGGCGGGGAGGGGCAUGCAGAUGAUCGAGUUCUCACCGCAGGAUCAGGAUCGGGCGAUUGCUGUUUGA